ACUUCCUCUCCCAGGAUGCGCAUGCGCCAGCCAGGAUGGCGGCCCCGGUCUCGCGAGAGCACUCUACCACCGCACGACUCCAUGUCCAAGAUGGCCGCUACCGCUGGGGGUGGAGGCAGCGGCAGCGCAGCGAAAAAGAGCAAGAUGACGACCAAGAGCAGCGGCGGCGCAGCCGGGGAGGCCGCGGAGCCGCCGGAAGGCGGCGGGGAUGCGGUGCUGCCUGGUUUCCGGGACGCCGACUCCUUCGCCAAGUAUGCCCUCGGCACAGUGGUGGCUGCUACCAAGGCAUCUAAUGGGCUCCCUCAGCCGGGAGACGAGUACGACUUCUACCGAAGCUUUCCUGGGUUCCGAGCCUACUGUGAAACGCAAGGAGACAGGCUGCUUCACUGCAUGAGCAGAGUGAUGCAGUACCACGGCUGUCGCAGUCACAUCAAGGAUCGCAGCAAAGUGACAGAGCUGGAAGACAAAUUUGAUUUGUUGGUCGACUCCAACGAUGCAAUUCUUGAACGAGUGGGUAUUUUACUGGAUGAAGCAGCAGGAGUGAACAAAAAUCAGCAGCCUGUCCUGCCAGCGGGGCUGCAGCUCCCCGAGACCAUCGUUUCCAGCUGGAACCGCAAGAGUGCAGAAGCCAAGAGAACGAAGUCUGAAACCUUCCGGCUGCUUCAUGCCAAGAAUAUUACUCGGCCACAAUUAAAGUUUCGGGAGAAGAUUGACAAUUCCAACACUCCCUUCAUUCCUAAACUUUUUGUAAAACCCAAUGCUCUGAAACCACUGCCUGAAGCACUUGCCAAGAGCAGACGGGAGCGAAAGGAGCGUCCUGAGGACUUGGAUGUGCCGGCUGCACUGGCGGAUUUCCUCCAUCAGCAGAGGACCCAGCAGACUGAGCAAGACAUGUUUGCUCACCCCUACCAGUAUGAACUGGAGCAUUUUUCUCCACCAGAUGUAGUUCUUGAGAAACCAGAGCCCCAGAUGUUCAGGCCUCUUGAGGAUGCGCCUUGCCAUUUUGUCUCCACACUGGAUGAGCUGGUAGAACUAAAUGAAAAGCUUGUCAACUGCAAAGAGUUUGCUGUGGAUUUGGAGCACCACUCCUAUCGGAGCUUCUUGGGAUUGACAUGUCUGAUGCAGAUCUCCACCCGGACAGAGGAUUUUAUCAUUGACACACUGGAGCUUCGGAGUGACUUGUAUAUUCUGAACGAGCCCUUCACAGACCCCGCAAUUGUAAAGGUCUUUCAUGGCGCAGAUUCGGACAUGGAAUGGCUACAGAGAGACUUUGGCUUGUACUUGGUGAACGUGUUUGAUACGCACCAGGCGGCCCGUCUCCUCAACCUUGGCCGGCAUUCUCUAGACCAUUUGCUGAAGCUCUACUGCAACGUGGAGGCUGACAAGCGGUACCAGCUGGCUGACUGGCGGAUUCGCCCUUUGCCAGAGGAGAUGCUGCAUUAUGCCCGGGAUGACACUCACUACCUGCUCUACAUUUAUGACAAGCUGAGGGAGGAGCUGUGGAACAGAGGGAACGGAAAGCCCACACAGCUCCAGGUUGUGUGGCAGCGGAGCAGGGACAUCUGCUUGAAGAAAUAUAUCAAACCCAUCUUCUCAGAUGACUCCUAUCUUGAGCUCUACAGGAGACAGAAAAAGCAUCUCAACACACAGCAGCUAACUGCCUUUAAGCUUCUUUAUGCCUGGCGGGACAAGCUAUCACGCCAAGAGGACGAGAGUACAGGGUAUGUGCUGCCAAACCACAUGCUGCUGAAGAUAGCAGAAGAGCUGCCCAAAGAACCCCAGGGCAUCAUUGCUUGCUGCAACCCAGUCCCGCCUGUAGUUCGCCAACAGAUCAAUGAACUGCAUCUCCUUAUCCAACAAGCCCGAGAGAUGCCUCUGCUCAAGUCUGAAGCAGCUUCGGUGACAAAGAAGGGACCUCUCUCCAAUCCAGAGAAGCCAGAAAAUCACUUAUUUGGACCUCAUGACAGUUCCCACAUUACCCUGGACGAUCCCCAGAACCACUUGUCAUUAGCACCUGCCCCAGCUCUGAAGUGUGGGAGUCUCUUUUCAGACGGGGAAGAGACAGAUAGCGAAGGAACGUUGCCAGAUUCCACAUGCCUUGUUGCUACAGCCACCAUCAACAUCUUCAAUGAACCUGAUGGGGAAGAAGGAGGGACUGAGAAGAAUUUAACGGUUGCGCAGCAAAAGGCUCGGCGCAUUAUGGAGUCCUUUGAAAACCCGUUCAGGAUGUAUCUGCCUGCAGAACAGAACCCCGCCCACGUCUCUCAGUCAGCAAAGUUUGACCCAUCAUCCAAAAUUUACGAAAUCAGCAAUCAGUGGAAGCUGAUGAAUCAGACACAACUGCAGAAAGAGGCAAAGGAAGAAGCCAAAAAGAAAGUAGCACAGCAGACAGCGGCUCGGGAGCAGGCCCAGAAGGAGUGCAAAAUGGCUGCAGAAAAUGUUGUUUCAGUUCGUGAACAAGCCGCGCAGGAGCAAGCUGGCAAGAAAAGGGAGAGAAUUGCAAGUGAGCCUGAAACAGAGCUGCCAAAGCAAGAAAAGAAACGGCCAAAAGCCUCCCAGCAACCAGAGGAGCAGGAGACGCCAAAGGAGUUCACCCCCUUUGAUUACAGCAAGUCUGACUUCAAAGCGUUUGCGGGAAGCAGCAAGUCCAAGCAGUCCUCGCAGUUUGAUCCAGCCAAGCAGGCCCACACAGGCAAGAAAUUUGGUGGAGCCAACAAACUUCAACAACAAGCUGGAAAUAAAAGCAUGUCCUACCUCGCUGGGAAAAGCAAUAGGCAGUAAUCUCGUGUGUUCUGUAAGAGAGGAAAGAGUGCAAGUACUUUUGAACUGAAAAUCAGCAGUAGCUGCUUUGCCCAAACAGUACAGAGGUGAUGCACAGACUUGCUGAGAGCAACGUAACUAGGUUAAAAUGGUUGGAACGGACCAAAGGAGGAGUCGGCUUGGCAGUCUCACCCCCACUACUUGGUACUUCUAUCUGCGACCUCAACCCUUGUUCCAAAUGCUAAUGACUGGAGGCUUGUGAUGCCCUUGAAACAGGUAUGUAGCCUCAGUUGCAGAACUGAAGCACAGAGCCAGCAUGACUUGGCUAACUUGCAGGUAGGGCUGGCACUGAAACCCAGAUCUCUGGAGACGUUCUUACCAUCCAAGCCUUUGCGCUCAGAUCUGCAUAAUCUUAUUUUAUCCACCCCUUUGUGCUUGUGGAGCUUGACCUGUUAACGAGGGCAGGGUGAUAGGAACUGAGUAAAUUCAAAAAGUCCCUUUCUGUGCUCUAAAAUAUGGGGCACUUGUGCUCCAAGAGCUUCAGCUCACAAAAAAACGGAGUGCCCGUCUCUUCUGCUUAUUUCCAGGCCUGUUUCUGGUUUAUUUUUUAAUUUGGGUUAUUGUGGGGGGUUUGUUAGUGUAGGAGUUUUGUCGUGAAUAGUGUCAGCCAAGUUACGCUGUGGAGCAUCGCAGCUCUGUCCUUUCCUACUCCUAAAAUCCAUUUGUCCAGCUGAACAUUAUGCCUGCAGUGUCUCUUUGAAGAGAGGUAAUUGGAAAGCAAUUUUCCUUACGAAUAUUAUGUGCCAUUCCCACAGCCCACUUUCAACAGUCACUGCUGCUGUCAAUUGCAAUUUCCUUUCAGCUUUGCCACCUCUGCUAUCUUUUUUAAUUGAGGUAGCAGUGACUUUAUUGAGAGCUCCAUUGGCUGCGGAGAUUAAAAAAUCCUGGGGUUUCUAUGGCCUCUCUUCCCUCAUUUAGAAUUGUAUACAAUGUAACGUUUUCAAAGGUGCUCUUAAUUUUCUUCCUUUUUCCCCUUUUUGAAUUGGGGCUUGCUGCCUCGGGUUUUAAAAAAACGUUCUUAAUGAAGAUGACUGGCAAAUCUAUGCAUGUUCUUUCUGUCUACCGAUGCACAAUUACAGCUGUCAUUCAGGUGCAGUGAUAUGCUGCAGUCCUGUAAUGCAUAAAAACCACUCAAGAAAAACAUUUUGGCCUAAAAACUCAGUUUUGAUAACUGCUCUUUUUGUGUGGCUUUUCAGCCUGUUCUUUGAAAUUUUGCGCCCAGUGUUUUAUAACGUUUUUGGAUGUGUUCCAGGGCACAUUAUCAGCAGAAUGGAAAUUACUUUCCUAGCAUCUUGGCAUUGAAAAAUAAAUUAAUUUAAAAAAAAUGGGGUGUGAUUUGGAAUGCUUUAGUUAAUGUGCCUUUAAAUGGCUCUGAUUUUCUGAAAAUUAGGCCCCUCUAAGGUGUGUCCAGUCAGUCACUCAAAGUCGUUAGUCAUAUCUUCUCAAUCAACAUGUUAAUUACUGUGCAGUAAUUACCUCUUUCUUAGCAACUCAGAAGCGAUUUGAUCUUUUGGUAAAGAGAACAGCUAACCUUUUGAAUUUAAGUAUGGUUGCCUCCCUUGCUGAAAUGGGUGUGCCAUUUGUGUCAUGCUUAAUAGUUUUCAUAAAGAAUUGUUUUAGUAGAGCACUAUAAACACCCAUUUUGCUUUACAGGAACAUAGCACUAGAAAGCAAACUAGUAGCUCUAAGCAUCUCUGGAUGAAAGUGGUGUAUGGAUUAUCUCUUGAUCUUUCUGUUAGCCCUCCAAUCUCCAAGAGGAUUGGAUUUUGUGCAACCCAGGAUCUUUCGAGCAAAUAUUGGCAAGAUUUCAUAGAAGCAGGCUGCUGUCAUUCCCCAGUUUGACCUGUGGCAGGUUGAUGGUGGUUUUCUGUAGAGUUUAAAUGGUGGCUUGUAUGGGCUAGUUUGGAUAGGGAUGAUAUUGUCCCAGACAAGGGGCUGUACUAGACCCUCGGCGGUCCCUUCCAGCCCUGCUUCUCUGCGACUCUGGCCUGUCCGGUGUGACCAGCGCUUAAGGAAGCCGGCUGGGAGGACAGUCGCUCGCCCAAGUAAGUUACUAGGCAGCACAUGCACCUGUUGCAGAAUCGAGCCAUCUUUUUUUGCAGAGAGGUGCUCUGCACACCAGCUUUAUGUCGAAACUUCUUUCCAGAUCCUGUCUAGUCGUACAUUAGAGCAUCCUGAUCAUCAGGAUAAUUGACCUGUUGGAGCUAUUCUUGCCUUUCAUUUUUUAAACAAUUUAUUCCAGAUGAUAGGAACAGCAUUCAUAGUGCAACCGGGGCUGAGUUGAAGAUCGAGACCAGUAUUGGCUAUGAGCGGAUACAGGCAGGUCACUACGAAAUCUUCCCAACCCGGUCGGGGGGCCGAGGGGAGGAGCAGUGCUGAAUCCUCCGCAGUUGCCGAUAUUCGGUUCUCUUCCCGGUGUCUUGUCCUUCGUCAGGGCUGACAGCGCAGCGCUGGUACCUCUCCACCCCGCUGCUCUCCCACCUGGCCCCGGCUCCACUUCCUCCGUCUGAAGGAGGGAGCGGGGGUCGCAAACUUGUGCUCCCUCUCGGUGCAGCUCCUUGCGCUAGUCCGCCAAGGCGCAUCUCUGCCCUGCUGCAGGCCGGAGCGGUCCCCACGAAGCUGAUGCCUGCCCUGGACUCGAGCUGCCUGGGGCUGGCCUUGCCCUGUGCCCUCCCGCCCCGGAGGCUACGGGGGGGGGAAAGGAGGAUCCUCGAGCCCAGCAGCCAGGACAGGUUCGU